CAAGUCGCUUCUAUCCUAGGCUCAUAUUUAUUCUAUAUAUGUGCCUGUAGCUUCCGAGCGAGGCACUCAUAUUGCGUCACCGUGCUACAGUCGAUGAGGAAUAUCUAUAUACGAGUACAUUGUGCAUGGUGUUUUACUUACUAGGGAGCGUCACGUCAUACUGCCCACAUUCGCUCGCUAUUGAGCUGCUCCAUGUCAUUCAAAUCAAAGGAUCUCGCAUAUGAGGCGAAGCAGCCUGCUUUCUUACAGAGACUGAAGAAUCAAUACGGCGAUACCUCUGGACGCCUCGAAAGACCCAUUGCGCGGCCACGGAAAGCGAGGGAUGACAAUGACGACGAUGCCCCUACCUACGUUGAUGAAGAGAGCAACGAGAUCAUCUCCAAAGAGGAAUACGAAGCUUUAGUUCGUGGCGAAGAUAACAAGGAUACCGAGGAUUCCCAUAAGGACACAAAAGAGCCUGCGACGGGUGAAGAAGGUAAAGCGAAUACCCAGGCCGAGGCACCCGUCUCCAAACAGAACGUGGCCGAAAUAGGAGGGCCACGGAAAAGGAAACAGGCCAAAGUAGUUGGAGAGGACAAUCCCAGUGAAGAGACAGAGAAGGUAGAGAAGAUAGAAUCAGGCACUCGGAAACCAAAACAGAAGAAGAAGAUCAAGCUAUCCUUUGACGACGAUGACUCAUAAUGACAGUAUUUGAGUCACUUUAUACUACAAUAAUGAUACCCUAUCAUGGUCAGAGAAUAGUUCUUGGAUUGCUUCUUCAGCCUCUUCUUUCUCUCAAUUUUGGUAGAUACAUACUUAGUUAGGAUGAUACCAGAGAAUGAUGACGAUGAUUCAACAGAGAGAGUAUAGCACUCGGGUCCGUUGUAGUCAUAGUUAGUUAAAUGGCAGC